UUCGUUCUCUCUCGCUCCAUGCUAAUUUUCACCGGCCACCGAGCCGAGCGAGGGUCUUUGGAAAAUCUUUCUAAUUUACUCCGAGACCCCGAAUGAAAGAGCCACAUCUCAAUUGGUCCUCCAUUCAUUAUUGGGAAAGCUCUCCUUUCUUCGCUUCAGCUCAACUCCUCUAGGGUUUUUGUUUUUCCUCCACCAUAACUCAAAACUCAAAACUCAAUUACCCCAAUUCUCUCUCCUCUUCUUUCCGGCUUGUAUUGGAUAUCUGGACUUGAUUUUGGGAGUAACGAAGUGAGAUCGAUCAUAUGAAAUCCACGGGUUUCGUCAGGUUUUUCUCGAUUUGUUUCGUUCUCUGCAUUGGUCUCAAUCUCUGCCAUGCCGAGGAGCCCAAGAAAAACAAGUUCCGAGAACGAGAGGCCAGCGACGACGCCCUUGGUUAUCCCAACAUUGAUGAGGAUGCUUUGUUAAAUUCAAAGUGCCCUAAAAAUUUGGAGCUAAGAUGGCAAACGGAAGUUAGUUCCAGUAUUUAUGCUUCGCCUUUGAUCGCUGACAUUAACAGUGAUGGGAAGCUUGAAAUAGUGGUGCCUUCUUUUGUUCACUACCUGGAAGUUCUGGACGGCUCAGAUGGAGACAAAACGCCUGGUUGGCCUGCUUUCCACCAGUCAACUGUGCAUUCCAGUCCUCUCCUUUAUGAUAUUGACAAGGAUGGCACGAGAGAAAUAGCUUUGGCAACCUACAAUGGCGAAGUGCUUUUCUUCAGGGUGUCGGGCUACAUGAUGGUAGAUAAACUGAUAGUCCCUCGUAGGAAAGUUAAAAAGAACUGGUAUGUGGGUCUGGAUCCAGAUCCAGUGGAUCGUUCCCACCCGGAUGUUCAUGAUGACCAAAUUAUCCUGGAGGCUGAGAAGGCAAAAUCAGUGCAUCAAACAUAUGGAAAUAACUUAAGUAUUCCAAUUCCAGCUACUAUUUCAACAGGGGAUGAAAUAAAAUCAAAUGGAAGUCAAAUAGGAAUAGACAUCAAGCAACCUGCUAGUGCAAAUGAUUCAUCCGUAAACAUAAGUUCACCUGCAACUGUUACAAAUGGAACAAGCGCUGGGAGACGACUCUUGGAAGAUAGCAAUUCAGAAGGAUCUCAAGAGUCCAAAUCAAAAAACAAUGCUGACGAGGGUGUUCGUGCUGCGACUGUUGAAAAUGAAGGAGGUUUGCAAGAAGAGGCUGAUUCAUCGUUCGAUCUGUUACGUGAUAGUGAUGAGCUGGCUGAUGAGUACAGUUAUGACUAUGAUGAUUUUGUUGAUGAAUCAAUGUGGGGAGAUGAGGAGUGGAAGGAAGGGGAACAUGAAAAACUAGAGGACUAUGUGAACAUUGACUCGCAUAUCCUGUCUACUCCUGUCAUAGCAGACAUUGAUAAAGAUGGAGUUCCUGAAAUGAUUGUUGCCGUUUCGUACUUCUUUGAUCACGAGUAUUAUGGAGACUCAGAAAACUUGAAGGAGUUGGGUAACAUUGAUAUUGGGAAAUAUAUAGCUAGUUCAAUCGUUGUUUUUGAUCUUGAUACAAAACAAGUAAAGUGGACAGCUGAACUAGAUUUGAGUACAGACAAGGGAAACUUUCGUGCUUACAUAUACUCUUCCCCAACUGUCGUUGACCUGGAUGGCGAUGGGUUCAUGGAUAUUCUAGUCGGGACUUCUUAUGGCUUGUUCUAUGUCUUGGAUCAUCACGGCAAUGUCAGGAGAAACUUUCCUCUUGAAAUGGCUGAAAUUCAGGGAGGUGUUGUUGCUGCUGAUAUCAAUGAUGAUGGAAAAAUUGAAUUAGUGACUACUGAUACACAUGGAAAUGUUGCUGCGUGGACGGUGCACGGGGAAGAAAUUUGGGCAAAGCAUCUUAAGAGUUUGAUUCCACAGGGUCCUACUAUUGGUGAUGUUGAUGGAGAUGGCCAUACAGAUGUCGUGGUUCCAACAAUUUCUGGGAACAUAUAUGUUCUUAGUGGAAAGGAUGGAUCAUUUGUUCACCCAUAUCCAUAUAGAACUCACGGAAGAGUGAUGAAUAAAGUUCUUCUCGUAGAUCUGAAAAAACGUGGCGAGAAAGCCAAGGGACUCACACUUGUUACUGCAUCGUUCGAUGGUUAUUUGUACCUAAUAGAUGGACCAACAUCAUGUGCAGAUGUUGUUGAUAUUGGCGAAACUUCAUAUAGCAUGGUCUUGGCGGAUAAUGUUGAUGGUGGAGAUGAUCUUGAUCUAAUCGUGACAACCAUGAAUGGCAACGUUUUUUGCUUCUCAACUCCUGCCCCUCAUCAUCCCCUAAAGGCAUGGAGAUCUCCUAAUCAAGGUAGAAAUAACUUUGCACAUAGGCAUAACCGUGAAGGCAUAUAUGUUUCACAUUCAUCAAGAGCAUUCCGCGAUGAGGAAGGCAAGAGUUUCUGGGUGGACAUUGAGAUAGUAGAUAACUAUAGAUACCCAUCUGGGACACUAGGACCAUAUAAUGUCACAACCACCUUGUUAGUUCCUGGUAAUUACCAAGGAGAGAGAAGGAUAAAGCAAAACCAGAUUAUAAACAGUCCUGGAAAACAUCGUAUCAAGCUUCCAACAGUUGGAGUAAGGACAACGGGUACUGUUUUGGUGGAGAUGGUCGACAGGAACGGACUCUAUUUUUCAGACGAAUUCUCCCUAACAUUCCAUAUGUAUUACUAUAGACUGUUGAAGUGGCUCCUUGUCCUGCCAAUGGUUGGGAUGUUUGGUGUGCUCGUGAUUCUCCGCCCACAGGAGGCCAUGCCUUUGCCAUCAUUUUCACGAAACACUGACUUGUAAUAUUAGGUCACCCCAUGUCCACUUCUACACAGGUUGCGGAGUUCUUUGAAUGUCGUAGAAAUCUCCAUCUCAACCAAUGGCAGAAACAUGGCAACAACGUGAUGAUUAUCAAAAUAAUUUGAUCGCAAAACUCUGCUAUAGAAUUCAUUGGGCUAAAGUGUGGUUGGCUUGAGCUGAAAUUGAGAUUUGGAUGAUGGAUAAUCAGGAUAUGUAACAUAGAGAAUCUUGAGUUGAACUAUAUAGAGUUUUUCAAAUCACCAAAUCUACUUUUUUGGUUCUGUUCAUUGGGGAGUUUUCAAGCUGUUAUUGUUUAGAGGAAAUGGAUAAUUACUACAGGGAAAUUUGUGCAUAUCUUAUUACUACAUGGUUGCAUUCGUGCAGGUCGUUAAAUCUUUAAGUUGCAAA